UCAAGGGCCUAAACAAAAGGGAAUAGGUUCAGAGACAGGAACUUCCUGAGAUUCAUUAGAGAGCCCCGACUAUUUGAACUAUUUUAGGACUCCUAAGCAGGGACUGCUUUCUAGCAGUGGGAUUGAGCAUGGAGAGUGUAACUCUGGUUUGUCAUUAAGGACAGAAAGAGCUCCAUCCCCAAUCUGGAGAAAUGUUUCUCCAGGUGGAUUAAGAGGGAGGUCUGGGAAGGGCCCCUGUAGUUCCUCAGAGCCCCGUCAUUGGAAAUUAGGAGGACAUUGGAAAGGCUGGCUAGAGGCCUGAAGGCAUCUGGAGCAGGAAAAUGUGUAAAAAUCUGGUUUUCAGUGUCCUGUCUCUUCCCAGUAAUAGCAGGCAGGUUUUGGGUUCUGUUCAGGAACCUUCAUUUGCCAGAGUUGAAAAUUAAGAAGUCUAGUGGUCUUCCUUAUUAGUUGACUCAUGUAAGGUGUGAAUGAGCUGAGUUGCCAAAUUAACUAAAUCAGAGUGGACACAGUUUCGCAUUCCACCCUGCUUGUUUUAACUAAAAGAGGAUGAUCCUGGCUCAGUGCCUAAAUAAACAUAGAGUUAAAGGCUACCUGACUGGAUUCACCACCUGAAGGAAGACCAGAGUUUGCUUUGAAAACAAUCUGAAAGCAAUUCUACUAGUCAUAAAAAGGUUCACCACGGUUUUGUGUGCAAGCCUGAAUUUUGUCCCAAAAAGAAGUUUUAGGAAAAGGUACUGUAAUUGCUUGGUAGAGGUUUUCAGCAAGUCAUCUAGCAUUUUGCCAAAAGUGAGGGGUUUGUUUUUCUAAAUCCUAUUCAGGAUGUUCCCAUCAGGGAAGCUUCAUCCAGUGUUUGGGUUAACCCUCCCCAACAAGCAGGUGGACUAACUGACAGAAAUCUAAGCACCCAGCAUGGGAAGUUUGAAUAACUGUGGUAAAUGCUUUAGCAAACCUGUGAGGGUCCUCAGUUACUUUAGGAAACUUCACCUGUGGGUCCCCAUUUGGCUUUAGUCCAGGGAACAUAAGAAAUUUGGGGUUUACUUGGGUCCUCAGAAGACAUAAUUUUAGAGGGGCAGGUUCUGGUAGGUUCAGAGGAGGAGGGAGUGGAGAGAAGUUCAGGGGAAAAGCGAAACGCGGUCAGAGCAUUAGCAUGGGGAAACUGAGGUAUAGAGGAGGUGGAGGCAGUGCAGCAGGGAGGCAGGGGUGUGGCACUGGAGGUGGGGCCUGAGCACAGCAGUUGUCUGCCAUGUGUCAAAGGAAGGGAGAGGGAAAGAGAGGCCUCAGAGACCUUUGACUUCUUUAGUUGUUUGUUUGCCUCAGUUAAUGUAGAAAUUGUAAUGUGCAGGGAGGUAAUUUUAGAUUCCUGAUGUUUGCAAACCUCAAAAUGCGGAUUAAAAUGGGUGUGUAACAAGGAAGAGCUAAGUCAGGCUCCUUGUUAGGUCUGUUUCUUUGAGUUUAACCUUUACUUUUCGCUGCUUUUGUUAGUAUCAUCAUAGGUGAUGGCCUGCCUCAGGGAGCCCUUCCUCUCUGCCUGAAUGUUUAACUAAAGUGCCUCUGUUCAGCUCACAGGCAGACACAUCUGCCCUGCCCACCUGUGUGAAUGGCUGCAGGAAAAAACAAUGAACAUGUCCCCUCACCUGAGGCUGGUCAUUCCAGGAAAUGGUUGGCAAGACUGAUGGCCCUUUCACUUUACUUCCUUACCGCCUCUCCCUCUCUGAUUGUAUAGAACCAACUGGCAUCCAGAGCCCAAUAAGAUGGUUUUUCAGAGACACGAAUCUGCCAUCUUCUUGGUCGGCCAGCUUUCCGAGUAGAGUCGUAUUCCUUGCCGCAACAGCUCGUAUCCCGUUCAUGCGUAUGGGAAGCAGAGUGAGCUUGGACUCGGUAACAGGUGUCCAGUUCAGGUUUAAGAAAAGUAACUUGGGGAGCUCGAGAGUUCCCAAUCUUCUCGAUUGGUGUUCUGAUUUACUUUUCUUAAGUCGGUCCAUUUAGUUAGAAAUGCACAUGAGGAGAGACCAAAGCUUUUCAACAUAAAACCGCCUGGAGUCCCAGAGCGUUGGGCAUCAUCAAAGCAUUUUGAUGACUGCAACUGCAUUUCUUAAAAGGUUUUUCUCUGGAGCAAAAAGAAAAAUUCCUGAACAACACAGUUCCAAGGCACAGCCCAGUUCCUAAAGAAAUCAGACCAAAGGCCAAAGGAGUACUCUCAGAAAGGACAAAGCCUUUGAACAGAUCCCAGAUAAAGCUUGGAGAGCUCAAGAUGCAGAGAGUGGAGCUUGAAAUCCAGCAGAGAUGUGCCCUUAAACUCCAGGGGCAGCUAGAAGGCAGCAAGCUCAGAGGGCUCUGUGGGUGCUGGCACCUGUGUCCUCACCAGCCUGGGAGUUUUGAGGGGUUCUCUUUGGAUCCCACUUCAGAACACCAAGUAAUGUUGACCUUAAAAAUAAAACAGUUGUUUUUCUAGCAAAAAUGGGUCAAUUCUAGAACAUCAGAGAAUUGCCUUUUGGGACAAGCAUGCCACGGCAAAAAAGCAUAGGCAAGUCCAACAACACAAGGAAUGUUAUUUUAUAGGGAAGAAGGAGGAAGGUGAGAGGGGUUAUUUUAAAUAAAUGCCUAUUGGAGAAAAGAGACAGCUUAGGGUGCUGGUGGUUUCUCAUUGGCUGAGUUGCUGGGGUAGUCAAGUUCUUGGACGGGGUGCAAUGUACAUCUUUUCUUGUUGGGGCCUGUGACUGAUGAUUCUUUCCUGUUGAUGAUUCUUCUGUUGUGAUCUGUAGUUGACAAUUCUUCCUGUAGUUGAUGUGGAGCGGUACUGCUGAGAGCUGCCCUUCUGUCCUCUGGAUCCAUUAAGCUGGGCCCUUUCCUGGGAUUGUGGACGUUUCUGGAGCUGGAGGUGGCCUUCCAGAAUAUCGAGCUAGUCUGCUGGCUGGGAAAGGUUUUGCUGUGAUGUCUCUGGCCUAUUAUAACUAUGAAGACCUCCCCAAGGGCAUAGAGAACCUCCACCUGGAGUACUUUGAAGAAGCUGUGAACUACCUGCUUCAUCACCCUCAGGUAAAGGGUCCAGGAGUCGGGCUGCUUGGGUUUUCCAAAGGCGGCGACCUCUGCCUCUCCAUGGCGUCGUUCCUGAAGGGCAUCACCGCGGCCGUCAUAAUCAAUGGCUCUGUGGCCAAUAGCGGCGGAAACUUACACUACAAGGGUGAGACACUGCCGCCUGUGGGUUUUGACCGAGGUCGAGUCAAGGUGACCAAAGAUGGCUUAGCAGACAUUUCGGAUGUCCUGAACAGCCCUUUGGAAGGCCCUGACCAGAAGAGCUUCAUUCCCGUGGAAAGGGCUGAGUGUGCCUUCCUCUUCCUUGUGAGUCAGGAUGACCACAACUGGAAGAGUGAAUUCUAUGCGAAUGAGGCCUCGAAACGCUUGCAGGCCCAUGGUAAGCCGAAGCCCCAGAUCGUCUGUUACCCCGGGGCGGGGCACUACCUUGAGCCUCCUUACUUCCCCUUGUGCCGGGCCUCCAUGCACGCCUUGGUGGGCCGCCCUGUCAUCUGGGGAGGGGAGCCCAGGGCUCAUGCCAGGGCCCAGGUGGAUGCUUGGCAGCGGCUCCAGACUUUCUUCCACAAACACGUGGGUGGGAAGAAAGGGUCGAUCCCAUCCGUGCUGUAGUCUUUCAUCUGACUGUGUGGCAUCUCUGAUGCUACUCUGUCCUGGGAACAGCUGCCACAAGUAGUGUAUAUGUGUCGCUGUUUUCUUUUCAAUAAUUUCUUAGAGUUUUUCCCCUUCAGUAUUAAAGUGAACUUACCAGGAACUUUUCAAGAUUUUUAGAAAUUACAUACUUUUUCAGUUGUUUGGGAGGAGAGUUAUUCUACAGAAAACACAACACGUGGAGAAAGCAUGCCCUUUAGUAUCUAACAACACAUAACCAACAAGGCUUUAGCGCUGAAAAGAGUCAUACCUGGUAAACAAUUCCUGCUAGGUAAUUGUUUCAAUUGUUUAUUAUUGAACGUGCAAUUGUAUACUAAUUUAUUAAUAAAUAAAUGGUUACUGACUGUAUAUGAAAACUUAUGAAAUAUUAAAAAUAUCAGAUUUGAGUGUC